AUGCGUUUUCAAUCCACUACACUGGAACAAAGGAAACACCAUGUUCGGGACAUCAUCUCUUCGUUCGACCGCAUGACCUUGCCGUUGGAGUUCAGAGCCGAUGUUUUUGCAAGGAUAGAUGAGGAACAAGCUGGGAGGUCCCAGUCCGAAUGGACGCGUCAAGGAGACUUGACAGGCACGGCGAUGCAAUGGGGCUCCCAUGAUCCUGCAUCCUGGGAGACUCUGAAUCGAUGGCAGCCGCCAAGUCCACGUGCCAAACUCUUUGCAGAGAAGUUGCGCAGAUUGUUCGACGACCAAUUCAAGAAAUAUGACGAUCUCGGCAGUGUUCAGGCCCAGAUAACGACAGCGGGGUCGAGGACCUCGUUUGAUCAAAUCUGCGAUAGGUUUCAUAAGCUGACUCAAGCCACCGUCGUCGAUUUGAGGUUCAGGACGGAAGGCCAUGCACAUACGGCCGACGUUCUGUUGGACGUACUUGCGAGAGUGUGCAGAAGCCAAGAUGAUAUCUCCGAGGUGCGUCGGAGCCCGCGCAGCCCUACGGCCAGCGCAACUCGGGCUCUGCCACAGACAAGUCUCUAUCAUGUGUUGAUACAUGAACCGGCUCUUGGAACUACAGAUUUUAUGCUGGAGGCGUUGGAAACGCUCAACGAGGUGUCACCGAGAACGCUGGCCGCCAGAAGCAUGAGGCAGAGACUGCAGACCAUCGACGCUCUGCUUAGGGUCAGGCACGCGCCGUUCAGUUACCAAACUAGGCUGAGGGAGGUCAUCAACAACUGA